ACUGGUCGACCGCUUCCUAAACUAAAGAAAGACUCUUGACUAGGCGUGCUCAAAGUACGCCAACUAAACCUUAAUCAAUGACAAUGGUUUUCUAAUAGUCACUCUAAGGCUAACGAUGCGAACGAACUCACUGAACAGACAGCAGUUUUAGAGUAUAUUUUGCGGGUUAAUUUGUGAUGGCUGCUAUUGAGAUGGUAUCGAGUUCUUCAGAAAGCAGAUCAGAGCACGGGACUGGAGACCCUGAUUCAAAGUACCCACUCAAAGUUCUUUAUUGUGGAGUGUGCUCUCUGCCUACUGAGUACUGUGAGUACAUGCCUGAGCCAGCCAAAUGUAGACAGUGGCUCGAGAAGAACUUUCCUGAUAUAUUUGCCAGGAUGACUGUAGGCCCUGCAGCAAAUGCACCCAAGCAGGAAACUGGCCCUGGAGAUGCUGCCCCUGCAGGCGAGGAGGAGGAGAAGAAGAAACAGAAGAGAGGUGGAAGAGGCCAGAUCAAACAGAAAAAGAAGACUGUGCCUCAGAAAGUUUCGAUAGCAAAAAUCCCAAGAGCCAAGAAGAAAUAUGUCACACGGGUGUGUGGCCUGGCAACAUUUGACAUUGACCUUAAAGAGGCUCAGCGUUUCUUUGCCCAGAAAUUCUCUUGUGGUGCCUCAGUUACAGCCGAGGAUGAAAUAAUCAUUCAGGGAGAUUUUACAGAUGACAUAAUCGACGUCAUUCAAGAGAAGUGGCCUGAGGUGGACGAUGACAGCAUUGAUGAUCUGGGUGAAGUCAAAAAGUGAAGACCAAAUAUGCACUUUGAAACUGAUGUGACCUGUAACAGCUACAACCUGGCCAAAUGUACACAUUAAGUCAUUUUAUACCUAUUUUAUUUACUGUACAUAAAAAGCUGUGGACUUGGCCACUAACUUGGCAUUUUUUUCAGUUGAUAGCCACUUUCACUCGUUUGCCAAAGGUGUUGUAUGGCCAGAUUUCCUCCCCAAAUGUUCUUCACUCAAGCAACUGUAGGCUAAUAAAUUUCAGUCUCCAUCGCCUGUA